AUGAAUAUCCAAGAGAAAUUACAGAAAAUAUUGAGUUCAACUCAUGCAUUAAUUCGAUUAUUUGAAAAAAGAAAUAAUAAUUAUAAUGAAAAAUCAUCACAUCAAAUCGAUAUAUUAAAAGAAGUUCAACGUUUAAUAAAAGAAAAAGUUGAUGUUAAUAUUAAAAAUAAAGAAGGUUAUACUAUUCUACAAUUGGCUAUAUGUAAUGGAUAUUAUGAAUGUUUAGAAACACUUAUUAUAGAUGGAAAAGCUAAAUUAGAUAAAAAAGGACCGCAAGUUCUAUAUAUAUAUCGAGAUUUUAAUAUCAAUUGA